AUGUCGAGAAACAAGGCUGCUUGGCUUACACAUGCAAAGGCCUACCCGAUGAAGGUCGACGAUGCUCCAUUCCCAAUGGCCGGACCAGGAGAGGUGGUCAUCAGGAAUAUAGCGACGGCUCUGAAGAAUCCAGCAGAAUGGAAGAUCCAGGAUAUGGGCAUCAUUGUGCAGAAGUAUCCUACCAUACUCGGCGCAGAUGCUGCGGGCUUUGUCGAAGAGGUCGGCGACGGAGUAACCCAUCUCACAAAAGGCCAGCGGGUCAUAGGAUACUGCACCGGGCUAGGCAAGCAAAACCACGAGUUUGGAACGUUUCAGCUCUACAGCAAAGCAGACGCGAACCUCGUUUCCCCCAUCCCAGACGACAUGAGCUUCGAAAGCGCAUCGGUACUACCGCUGGCGAUCGCAACUGCUGCGGUAGGGCUCUACAAGAAGCAACAUCUCGGCCUACCUCUACCAUCCCUUACUCCGCGUCGAGCGGGCAAGACGAUCCUCAUAUGGGGCGGCGCGUCAUCUGUAGGAGGCACCGCGGUACAGUUGGCGGUCGCCUCGGGGCUCGGAGUCGUUACCACGGCUUCGCAGCGCAACUUCGACAAGGUCUUCGAGUUGGGCGCAGAGGUAGUUGUGGAUUACCACUCGGAUACUCUGGUCCAUGACGCGCUGAAGGCGUUGACUGGGGCGGAUCUUGUUGGAGUAUACGACGCGAUCUCUGGUCCCGAGUCUUUGAAGCCUAUUGGUGCCAUAUUGGAUCAAAUUGGGCCGCGAAAGGUUUCGGUUGUGUUACCGACAGAGGGCGAUUAUGGGAAGAACGCGAAGAUUAGCAUGAUGACUGCCUACCAGAUAACAGAAGACCCGGAGGAGGUGCAGAAUCCUGUCUGGAGAGAUUUCGUACCGGGUGCUCUAAGGAAUGGCCAGCUGAAGCCCAAGCCGGACGCGGAGGUCGUUGGCAAUGGGCUGGAGUCGAUCCAAGCUGGACUUGAUGUAUUGAAACAGGGCGUGUCUGCGAAAAAGCUCGUAAUUCAGCUCUGA